UGGCGCAGUGACCUCCUCAUCUCCGGGCAGCAGCAUGGAACAGCACGACGCAGGCGCACAGAGGUCAGUGCGGCGUGGUCCGUCUCUGUCUGCGGGGGAGCACGAGUACAUCCAGCAGAGGAAAGUGGUGUCUGCUCAGGCCCUCCGCAAUCUGGGACUGAACUGCACCAAGGAUGAGAUGCCGCACGUCGCCUUACUCACCUCUGGAGGGGGGGAGAGGGCCGCGGUCGCUCUGAUCGGCUCCCUCACUCAGAUGUCCCGGGAUGGGCUGCUAGACCCGGUGCUGUACCUGUCAGGAGUGUCCGGCUCCACAUGGUCCAUGGCGUCUCUGUACAGGGACCCUCAGUGGAGCAGGUCUCUGAACUCCCUCCUGCCCACACCUCACUCUGUGGAGCCGGAGAAGAUCCUGUCCUGGCUCUACGACAAAGCCCAGAGCCCAGAGUUCUCCCUGAGCGACCCGUGGGGAGCCCUGAUCUCUGCAGCCAUCAUGAAGACGUGGGACAACUGGACUCUCUCCGAGGAGGCUGCGAGGAACGCCUCCAACCCCUACCCCGUGUACGGAGCCGUCGAGCAGUUCUGCUUCAACGAGGGACCUACACAAGGAAAGUGGUUUGAGCUGACGCCGCAUGAGGCCGGCUUCUCGGAGCUGGAGCUGUUUGUGGAGACCUCGGCUCUGGGCUCCAAGUUCCAGGGAGGAGCUCUGCUGGAGGACACUGACGAGUCGGAGCAGCUGCAGUCCCUGCAGCAGAGGGAGCAGCAGUUCCUACAGUGGACCUAUGAGCUGGGGACGGUGAUCCAGACCUGGGUCAACAGUCUGCCAGAGGGACCCACCAAGGCUCAGGUGGGAUUCCUGGUGGACAAGAUCAUCUCCCUGGUCGUGCGCUGGGAAUGGGGAACGGUCAAGAACUUCCUCUACAAGUAUGACGAGGUUCCUGUCCCGUCCUGCCUGGCGUCUGCGGAGCUGCUGCACCUGGUGGACGCGGGGCUGCUGAUGAACACGGCGUACCCCUCGUUCCUGGGGCCGAGGCGGGACAUCGACCUGAUCAUCGCCCCCGAGUACAGCGCCGGGGAAAUGUUUGAGACGUUGACUCUGGCUCGGGCGUACGCGGCGGAGGUGGGCAAGCCUUUCCCACAGCUGGAUGACACGGUCCUGAAGGAGGAGAAGCUCUGGCCCAAAGACUGCUACGUGUUUGAGGGCAACGACACGGCUCCCACCAUCGUCUACAUGCCCCUCUUCAACAGACGCAACUGCAAAGACGCAGACGAGUGGGCCCAGAGGAUGAAGGAGUUCGCCACGUUUCAGAGGAGCUACAGCCCUGAGAUGAUCGAUCGUCUGCUGAAGAUCGCCCAGGAGAACAUGAAGAACAACAAGGAGACUGUGCUCAGAGAGAUCACCAAGGCUCUGGAGCGCAGGAGGAACAAGACUCACAGUGCACAGGUCCAACCGGACCAACCGGACCAACCGGACCAACCAACCGUCCCACCAGGUCUGAAGAGAAAGACCAUGGAGCACCCGCCAGCACCCGCCAGCACCCGCCAGCACCCGUCCAGCCCCCGUCAGCCCCCGUCAGCCCCCGUCCCGUCCACAUGUCCGCUGUCGUAUCGCUCCAAUCCUCCGCGGCGCACGGAGGGACAGCUGCAGAGGGAGCGGGAGCUAAGGGCCUCGCCGGUGCUCAGGUUUUAUAACGUUAUGGAAAUGCAGCAGAAAUAG